AUGGCCGUGGCAAGCUCGCUGCCUUCGUCAAACUCUAGCGCCACGAGGGCAGCUGUCAAGGAAUUCCCUGAGACUGCCAUGACGACCACCGAGAAGAAGGCCUACAUCGAUGGUGAGCUCUGCUUGAUGAACAAGGCCCCCAAGCCGGGCGUCGCUGGCUCGCAGAAUCUUUGGGAUGACAUGAUGUACGCCCAUAUCUACCAGGCCAACGUCAUUCACAACGACGGCCCAUUUCUGCCCUGGCACAGACUCUACAUGCGUGUCCAUGAAGUCUACCUCCAGACCGAGUGCGGCUACGAAGGAGGCCAGCCCUACUGGAACGAGCUGGAAGACGCCGAGGCUGGUUUCCUGAACCAGUCUACCGUCUUCGAUGCCGAGACCGAAUUCGGAAGUUUCAAGAACGGAGACAACGGCUGCGUUGCUGAUGGACCGUUUGUGAAUUUGACGAUGCACUUGAACCAGACCAGCAGCGAUGCGAACUUCUGCUUGACCCGCGAUCUCGACCAAGAUAGCUUCUACCAGGCCAACAGCACCUACGUUAACGAAUGUAUGGCCAUUGAUACCUACGUUGACUCGUGGAACUGCUGGGGUACGGCGCCCCAUCUUGCCGGCCACAUGGGCGUCGGCGGCACCAUGUUGGAUGUCGUUUCUAGCCCCGGUGACCCCCUGUUCUUCCUCCACCACACCAACCUCGACCGAUUGUGGUGGGAGUGGCAGUCCGUCAACCUCACCACCCGCCUCAACGAGAUUGGAGGGCCCGUGGUCGCUUCGGACGCCUUCCUCACGAUGUCCAACCUCGAGUACCCUGGUGCCAACCUCUUGGACUACAAUGGCGAGAACGGCGGCAACGUAACUACCAUGGUCCACAACCUUUGGACUGCUGGAAUGCUGCCUAACGUCACUAUUGCUGAUCUGAUGGAUAUCCGCGGUCCCAUCAGCUGCGCAAAUUACGUUUAA